AAAAAUCCGGUUCCUUUAAGAGAGACUUUUUUUUUUUUUUAACCCCUUUUUCUCUCCGUUUCCUUUCACUUCCGUUGCUGCGGCACCCGGGAUGUCAACAAAUAUGGCCGACAGAGAGAAACGCCGGGCCGCCGUGUCCGGGGAGUCUCCCCCGGCGGUGGUCGCCGAGCCGGGCCCGGGGCCCAAAGCCUUCGGGGCGGACACCGACCGAGAAUUCCUGUCGCAGGCCGGCGUGGGCGAGCUGCUCCGCGGCGCCGUGCUGAAGAUGGUGGAAGCCCGGCCGGACGACCCCGUCGGCUUCCUGGCCGACCACUUCGGCAGCUUGGCCGCCGCCGUGGUGGAGAGCGGCGACGAAGCGCUCAAGGAGCCGCGUCUGGACGGCGGUCCGCCGGGGGAAGGGGUGGGUUCCGCCCGGGCUCAGCAGCGACUCAACCGGGCGCUGUGGCACCUGCGCCUGGCUCAUCACUCGCAGAGAUCAGCCUUUGGCAACAAUGUCCGUGUGGCUUACGACCUCCUGAGCCUCGCGGGACCCUCCCCGCACGCGGGCGAGAGCGGCCCCGAGGGGGCGACGGCGGGCGGGGUGAGCGGCGGGCUUUACACUCAGACCUUGCGGUGCCUGUGCGGCGAGGGCGGCGUCCCGGCCUCCACCUCCGCCCCGCUGCUGUGCCGCCUCCACUGCCACGACCACGAGGCCGUCCCGUUCGGCGUCUUCUGCCACGGCGUGCUGACCUGCGCCGUUUUCUCCGACUACAUCCGCCAGGCCCAGCGGCUCUACGCCCAGGUGUGCCACCCGGACGAGGGGCCGGCUCUGCGGGCCCCGUGCCUGGCGGUGCUGGGCGCCCUGAGGGACGCCCUGGAGACGUCCCGCGACGCCGACUCCCCCGGCGUCAAGGCGCUGCGCCGCCUGGAGGCCAGCGCCAAAAUGUCGCCGCACCAGGUGGCCCGCGUCAUGACCGAAGCGCAGGCGCGAGGCCCGGCCGGGCACAUGGACGCCAAGGAAUUUGAGAACGCCGCCGCCAAACUCUUCAUCGCUUGCGUCAAAGUCGUCUCCUAGCUCGCUUCUGCGGAUCUGGCCUGACGUAUUUUGUCAGGAACAGGCUCCAGCACUUCCGUGACUCUUGUGAGGAUAAGCGGCAUGGGAAAUGGAUGGGUGGAUGGCAAGACCCUUGUAGUGUGAAAUACAGUUGCAUCCCCAUAAAUUAGAAUAUGAUUCUAAAUUACUGAGAUGACAUAUUGCAAUAAAUUGUGCAGAUUGAGUAUAGCGCUCGUGCACCCACAUCAUAAAA